AUGCUUACCCCUCUCUUCUUUCUUCCGGCAGCUUAUGGUGUUGCUUCUUCCUACCUGUACACUUUGAUCAUUCUUAUGAUGAUCAGAAGAUGGAAUGAAUACAACACUGCGUUUUUCAAACUGUUUAUUAUAGAAUAUGUUUUUAACAUGGUAACAUUUGCCAAUUCAUUUGUUACUCUUCGCGCCCCUCAAAAUACUUGCAACAAUUGUACAUUUGCAUUUCUUUUUGAGAGAAAUUCUUCUACAGAAGAAGAUAAUUUUCCUCUUCAAGUAUUCUUUACCAUUCACUAUUGCAUGGCAUUCAUUCAGUAUUUCAUGACAUUUUUAUCUUCUCUCAACCGUUUGACGAUGGUAUUUUUUGUUGACAGUUAUGAGAAAAUAUGGCGCCCGAGUCUUCCUUUCCUUAUUAUGAUAGUUAUUAUAUUCCCUAUGAUUAUGACAUGGCCAAUUGCGACAAACAACGCAUACUUUAUCUAUUCUCCAACAUUGGGAGGAUUUGCAACAAAAACUGUAGCCAACUCAACAGAAGUGCUAAACUCGCUAGUCACAUUCAUGAUAGUUUUUACAUUAUUUACCGCAACUGCAAACAUUGUCUCAAUAAUUCGUCUGACUCUUCUUCCAACAAGGAUCAGUGGUGCAGAGAGAAAUCUGUUUACUGUCAGCUUUGUUUCGUUCAUUAUUCAGCUAUUAGCUCUCGGAGAUACGUUGAUUCUUCGCGCCGCACCAUCAGAAGGAAUGUCAGUCGGAGCCCAAACUGCAAAAGCAUUGAUGCCUUUUGUUAGUGACAUACUCACUUUCAAUCAUCCAUGGACUAUUAUGUAUUUUAGUACCAAGGUACGUACGUCAAUGGCAACAGACCAUUUUCCCAGUCUCAGGAGUAGAGCUGUCAUGGUAACAAGUUCCGUGUACUAACAUAUUUUUUAUUUACUGAUUUACUGACCAAUGUGAACAUACGCAUCUUUUUUAUUUGUGUUCUAGAAUAUCAAAUUUUGAAUAAACACUCACAUAAAACA